UGUCCAUCUUCCUUCAGAGGACAACAAUGUACAAUAAAGUUGUGUUCUCAUGUUGCCCCAUGUUAUCCUGGAACAUGUAGCAACCCAUAUCAAUGUAGCUGUUUUCAUGGCUUUGAUGAUUCAAAUAGGGGAUGUCUUUCAUUUUCAAGGGAAAAUAACCCACCUGUAAUUUCUGAAUGUGAGAUCACACUAGCAAAAAUACGACGAACGGACCAAAAGCAACAAUUUUAUUUCAGCAUGCCAUGCUCAGACGGUAAGAAAACGGAUACGGUUUGGUGUAACCAGGCAUUAUUCAAUUAUGCAAAGUUUUCUAUGAGGUCCCACUAUCCACAAAUUCCAAACUUGCCACCACCACCGUCUUACAUUUCUUCUCAUGGUUUUGGGAUAGUUUACAGUGGUAUCCAUGUCAAACACACUAAGUUUCCAAGACCAGAUGAUCACGAUCGAAGACACGUUGCUUUUGAUACGAACUACAAGUGCAGCGGGAUAUCUGACAUGUCACCAAAGACAAGUGCAGCCCCAUGUGAAAUUAUUGAAGAAAAUUACAAGAUAAAUAUUGAACACGACGAUUUCUUUACCGUGACAUAUUCUACUAAGAGCGGUGGCUACCGUCAGUUAUAUGACAGGAAUAACAAUAGGUAUUACUCAAAACAAAUAUACAACGGCCAAUCUACCAGCAAAACUGUGGAAUUCAAGUUUGAUUUCAUAGCACCAACGCACUGUUCUGAGCCUUACUCACCAGUCAGAUGUAAUCAUGGAGAAAAACCGAUUGAUGUAGGAGAGGACAUAACGAAGACCCGUGAAUAUAAUUUAUAA